AUGUUGGGCGGAUGGCAACAGCCGCCGUCGAAGCUGCAGCGGCUGGUGCUUGAAUUCGAGAUGAGCUCCGCCGCGCGUGAUACCCAGAAGGUCUCGCGGCGACGUGUCGCCGAUCAAGAGCGCCUCAAUCGGUCAUGGCUACUCGAAGACACUGAUGAUGAUGAUGAUGGUGGUGAGGAGAAAAAUGCUUUCUGCUAUUCGAUUCGUUCAGUCGAGAAUCGAAUACGCACGCACGCGCCUCGAAGGUCGCCGCGAGCAUCACACAGAAAUGGCACUCCGACGCUAAACCUCUUCCUCUCCACCGUAUCUCGCGCUUACUUUCCGGAAUUCGGUGUCAUCUUGAACAAAAAGGAAGGCAGAUGCAAAUCGGAUCGUGUUUUGAGAGAAGGCGGCUGUCCGAAUGUCGACGAAGACCAUGGAGAAGCCGAAGAUGAAGCCGAAGAUUGA